AUGCUCACUUGUAUGUCCGCUGACGAUGUCGCCUGGGAGCAGAGCGACGCCAUCUCCGAUGCCUGGGCCGAGCGCCUCUUUGAAAAAGAAACACUCUUGGCGAUAGGUAGGUUCAUCGCCAAACAUCGAAGGGGAGUCCCCAUUGAACUGUUCAGCCCCAAGGAGGGCGCGUUCAAUGUCUCCUUCAAAGUGGAGUUCGAGGACGGCGGUGCGGCCAUGAUACGCUUCCCAAAGCCUGGAGUGACCAUGUUUCCUGAAGAAAAGAUCCGCAACGAGGUGGCCGCCAUCAGAUACAUACGGGAAAACACCUCCAUCCCCGUCCCCUUCAUCAUACACUGGGGUAGCAAGGAAGAGAGCCCCCAGGGUCUGGGCCCCUUUAUCAUUAUGGAGUACAUCGAACAUGCGAUGGACCUGGGUGCGGCCCUGAACACUCCUGGAUACGGAGCAGACACUCCCCCUGUGCUCGAUCCAAACAUCGGUCAGGAGAAGCUUGAGAUGCUGUACGGACAAGUGGCUGAUGUCUUACUGCAGCUUUCCAGUCUGUCGUUGCUUCGUAUAGGCUCGUUGGCCCAGAUAGAUGACUUCACCUGGGGGGUAGCCAGCCGUCCACUCUCUAUCAACAUGAAUGAGCUGGUCAGAGUAGGCACCUUGCCUCGCUCACAGCUGCCGGACAAGCAUACAUGUUUCGAUACGGCGUCAGACUACUUCAAGGUGCUCGCAGAACUACAAUUUAAACAUCUAACCCACCAACGUAACGAUGCGGUCGAGUCUGACGCAGACUGUCGAAGAAAGUAUAUUGCCAGACACUUGUUCAGCAAACUCGCUCGAGAGGGCAGAUUAACUUCGCCCAUCACAGAUUCUGGACCCUUUAAGCUGUGGUGUGAUGACCUCCGGCCUUCAAAUAUUCUGGUAAAUGAGGACUUGCAGAUCGUUGGCGUCAUUGACUGGGAGUUCACAUAUGCUGCUCCCAACGAGUUCUCUCACGCCCCGCCCUGGUGGCUGCUGCUAGAACAGCCAGAGUACUGGCCAGGCGGCAUCGACGGGUGGACGAAAGUCUACGAACCUCGUCUACAGACGUUCCUACAGGUUCUUGAACAGAUGGAAAACGUCGCCAUAGGGAGAGAUAGGCUGCGAGAGGAGGAAAGGCUAUCUGGCGCUAUGCGGCAGAGUUGGACCAGCGGAGACUUCUGGGUUACUUAUGCUGCUAGGAAGAACUUUGCGUUUGACUCUGUGUUUUGGGCAUAUAUUAACCAGAGGUACUUUGGAGAUCACGCGAGUUGGUUAGACCAGCUUGAGUGCCUUAAGCAAGGUGAGAAGGAGGAUAUGGAGGCGCUUGUGGAGAGGAAACUAGAGGAGAUGAAAAGUAGAGUCCUGGCCUGGGAGCCGGACGAAGAGUUGUAG